AUGAAGUGGCUAUGCAACCAUUUAGGGCAUACUUGCCGUGUGCAUGAUCAGUAUUACCGACAAACCUCGGGAUUGAUAGAAAGAAUUGAUAUUUCUAAGCUUAUGAUUAUGCAGGAGCAUAAUUUGGUGGCAAAAUGUAACCAGAAGAGCCUGUCAGAAAUUCAAUUUGAUGAAUCUGAUACACUCACAGUCAGUUUUGAGGAAAUCAUAAAGAUUGACGAUGGUAGUAUGGGCAAAUGCAACAAAAAUGCAAAACCAGUUAACAGGGUAAAGUGGUCCAAUGAAGAAGAGGAAGAAAUAAUGCGGUAUUUUAAGAAAUACUUUCACAGAGAGGUGAAUAAAACUUCCCCGAGUCAACAUGAUUGCAAGGCAGCCGUUGCCUUUAGUGAGGAAAAUGGUGGCCAACUUCAGAAAAGGUCCUGGGAAACCAUCAAAAAAAAAGUUUCCCGCAUGCUCAAAUCCAAGGUUUUAGCUUACGAAGUCUAUUGCUACUGGUCACUGUCUGACAUUUUAGCUAUAAUUUUAACUACAACGAACUGUGUACAUUUAUAGCUGAUGUCACUUACCAUUUUCAUUGUGUUGGAUAGUUGCGGUCUAGUUGGCCUGAUUUUCUUUUAAGAUAGAAAUUACUAAGAUUUUAGAUUUAAGGUUUAAGAUUAGUAGAUACAAUUUUUGGACACUGGUCCACAAUAGUGAUAUCCUUGAGAUUAUCAUGUUCAAACUAUCCAAGUGUUCUAAGAAAUACUUUCACAGAGAGGUGAAAAA